CUUCCCUAUAAAUACUACUCAUAAAAGCGACACUUCGGCUUUGCCAUGUUCCGUGCUCCGCUAUACCCUUCUUUUUGCAGAAAAAGCUUCUGCUUCUCCUAUAUAUAUUUUUUAUGAUGCCUAGCGUCAACCCAGACCAAUCCGACAAGGAUUCCGAGCCCUUCGUGGAGGUCGAUCCGACCGGUCGUUACGGUCGGUACACCGAACUUCUAGGAUCCGGAGCCGUCAAAAAAGUUUACCGGGCAUUCGAUCAAGAAGAAGGAAUUGAAGUUGCAUGGAACCAAGUCAAGCUAAGGAAUUUCUCCGACGAUCCGGCGAUGAUCGAUCGGCUUUAUUCGGAGGUUCGGUUGUUAAGGUCAUUAACCAACAACAACAUAAUCUCGUUGUACAGUUUUUGGCGUGACGAGGAACAUAACACACUCAAUUUCAUAACCGAAGUAUGUACUUCGGGAAAUUUGAGGGAAUAUAGGAAGAAACAUAGGCAAGUCUCAAUGAAGGCGUUGAAGAAGUGGUCAAAGCAGAUUUUGAAAGGCUUGAAUUAUUUACAUUCACAUGAGCCUUGUAUCAUUCAUAGAGAUCUCAAUUGCAGCAAUGUUUUUGUUAAUGGAAACACUGGUCAGGUUAAGAUUGGUGAUUUGGGGUUGGCGGCGAUCGUGGGGAAGAACCACUCGGCGCAUUCAAUCCUCGGGACGCCCGAAUUCAUGGCGCCAGAGUUGUACGACGAGCAUUAUACCGAACUCAUUGACAUAUACUCAUUUGGCAUGUGUGUGCUUGAGAUGGUGACCUUGGAAAUUCCCUAUAGCGAGUGUGAUAAUGUGGCCAAAAUUUACAAGAAAGUGUCAAGUGGGGUGAAGCCUCAAGCCUUGGACAAGGUUAGAGAUGCAGAUAUGAGGGCAUUCAUUGAGAGAUGCAUUGCUCAGCCCCGGGAAAGACCGUCCGCGGCGGAACUGCUUAAGGAUCCGUUUUACGACGAAGUUGAUGAUUAUGACGAAAACGUUUGAUUAUAGUACUUAGGCAUAUAUUUUUGUUAUUGUAUUGUUACAUUUUUUAAAAAUCUUAAUUAGUGUUUAUGAUUGUAUGGUAAACUUUGAUUAUCUUGACUGAUUAGAGUUUGGUUUACGUUUAAAUGUGUACAUAGAUAGUGGUUUCCACAGAAAAACAUAUAGAUUAAAAGUUUGAAUGGGAGAAAAGAAUAUUGUGUGUGAA